UGACGAAGACGACAUACGAUAGAAUUAUAGGAUUAAGCAGGUUGUUGCCAGGGAAAAUGGAGAUAGUAUGUAAACAUUGUUAAUGUAUUGUAAUGCUCUCUUUUGCGAUGAGGCACCUGCAGUAUACCAUCGUGAUUUUUCUUCUUUUUUACUGGAGACGGAGUUUAACAUCUGCACAAACAACUAACAUUCUUUACCCGUAUGGCACAAAUAACGGAGACGCCACCGCCCCGGUGAAUGAUGACGGCAGCACGUCCGCCAUUACGCUCUCUACAGGUUUUCCAUACUUUGACCAACUUCACACCAGACUUUAUGUCAAUACCAAUGGCGCCUUGUCAUUCCUGGGCACCGUCUCUACGUAUACACCGCAAGCCUUCCCGUUGGAUUCCAAUCGGAGGCUCAUCGCCCCCUUCUGGGCAGACGUGGACACGACAGAAAACCACGGAAGAGUCUUCUACCGGCAGACGACAGAUUUGUCCAUACUUAACAGAGCUACGAGUGACAUUAGAGCGGCGUUCGUGUCACAGUCCAAGUUCACGGCUUCCUGGGCCUUCGUCUGCACCUAUGAUGACGUCACCUACUUUGGUGGGAGCUCCAUCACUAACACAAACACAUUCCAAGUGGUUUUGGUCACCAAUGGCCGCCACUCGUUUGCCAUAUUUAACUACAAGGAAGUGACUUGGACCACGGGGACAGCGAGUGGUGGCAGCGGUGGGCUGGGAGGAACGCCGGCACAGGUCGGUUUCAAUGCAGGUGAUGGUCUUCGGUAUUUCUCAGUGCCUGGAUCAAGGACGUCCGCUAUCGUCGACGUAGAGACCACCACCAACGUCAACGUUCCCGGACGGUGGAUAUUCCGAGUAGACGACAUCGGUGUUGAAGCCGGUGGCUGCAAUAUGGGGGUUGAGCUACAGAUCUCCCCUGUCACAGGAAACGCGUUGGGAGGUACAGAGAUUCUCGUCUCUGGCCCUUGCUUUCUCCCUACGGAUCAGUUUUUGUGCAAGUUUGAUGACAUUGUCGUCCCGGGUCACUUUGUCAACACACUGAGGAUGGCCUGCUAUUCGCCGCCAUUGUUUAAGGCGGGAAAAUCGGAGGUGUUAUUGCAAGUGUCCCAAAAUGGAGGGCAAAAUUUUACCGAAGGCAGCGCGUUUGUUCCAGAUAUGGAUGCGAUAGAUGACCCUAAAAUUGUGAGAGUUGAUGAGGAAAAGUGGGACGACAAAGGACCAUAUGUUAUCCAAUGGGACCCAGGGGAUCUUGUAGCGUCGACUUUGGACUUGGACCUGCUUACUUUCAGUGAUGAAAGUCUGGGGCUUCGUGAAAAAUGGAUCAAUAUUGCCACAAAUAUAGCGAACAAUGGUACUGAAGACUUAGACGACCUCCUCAACACAAAUGGAAACUUUGGUGAUAUAGCGACAUUCGGAGCUAUUCGGUUAACUCCGGCAGGUUCCGCUUCAGGGCCCAACUACACGACAGCUGCCAUAUGGUCUGAUAUCCAUGUACUGCAGUGGUACAUAAAUGCCUACAUAGCAACCAAAAUAAAGCAAGAUCCACAGAACCAGCGUAAAAGAAGCAUCAUCGAAGGUCUAGCAGCAGCCGUGGACGAAAUAAGAUUCAACACAAAACAAAUAGCGCAAAAAACAUGGACAGCCAUCAAAGGCGAAGUGAAGGAGAAGUUCAGAGAUGUGAACAAACAGAUGUGUCAGGCUUGGUUCGACAGUGAUUCCAAACAGCCGUUGCCCACAGAUCUUCCGCCAUGCCCUGUUAGGCUUCGCCAGGCCAUAAGAGACCGCGGUACCUUCUCCGAGGACCCCGCUUGUAGGAUGGGGUACCCAAAUAGCUGUGGCUUUCAUCCUGGGGCGUCACAUUGUGUUCGUUCAAAUGUCUGUAGUCCCUCUGGCGCCGGUCAGCAAUGCUGCUACAGUAGACGAGGAUCUUUGCUCAACGUCGCCGAUGGUCAGCUUGGCGGUGGUACACUGGACAGAGCCCACUACAAGGGCUGUUUGAACUUGGACCAGGGGACGGUGGUCAUACCGUACCUUGACCAUUUUUUACAAGACGUCCUGCCGUAUUAUCACUGUUGCAAGUACUUGGGAGAUGAACAGCUGUGUCAGGACACGUACAUGGAGAGACGACCCUCUGAUGAUGGGAGUAGAUACCGCCCACCAAGACCAGCUGUCGGUAACGGAGACCCCCACAUCAUCACGUUGGACGGUUUGCGGUACACGUUUAAUGGAGCUGGUGAAUACACCCUUGUGAAGACGAACGAUGAUUCCUUUACCAUGCAGGGCAGAGCGGAGACAGUACAAAAUGCCGGCGGUGGUAGUCCCAUCGCCACUGGGUGGACUGCUUUUGCGUUCAAAGGGUCAAACAGCAGCACGGUGGAAGUCAGGACCAGCUUGCUGAGAGUAAUCGACGUGUUAGUUGGCGGAGUCAGAAUAGAUUUUGAUGAACUUGGAGACAGGGUGACAAAUUACCCGGGUCUUACUAUUGAACGAAACAUGAACACGUCUGUCACCGAAGUGGACCUUAACAAUGAUGGCGUCUCCCUCACUGUGACACAUGUAGCGGGGAUUUUUAAUUUUAUGCUGCUCCUACCUGAGUCUAUGAAGCAUAAGACAGAGGGGCUAUUGGGUUCCUGGAAUGACAAUUCAGAAGAUGAUCUGGUGGCGUCCUCUGGCGUCAUGUUACAACACAAUUCGAGUACCAGGAUUAUUCAUUACAACUUUGGAGAAACAUGGAGAACCACUUCUGCAACUUCCUUGUUUACAUACGAUGUUGGCACAAGUCAUUCUACGUACCAGAAUACCGGUUUUGUGCCCUUAUUCGAGGUCUCAUUAGCGUCAGCAAACACCACCGAACUCUUUCUUAUCUGUGGAGACAACGACCAAUGUAUUUUUGACUACGUCUCAACCGGAAACACCGACAUUGCCCAGGCGACCAAGAGUAGUGUUGAGGACUAUGAUACAGCUGUCACUGACACGGAACCAGUUGUGUUAUGUCCACGACUUGAGACGCCGCCCAAUGGUCAGAAGAAUGUGACCAGUGGUUACACGGUCGGAGCUGAAGUGACCUUUGCCUGCGACAACGGCUAUAAUUUACAAGGGUCAGCCAGUAGAACAUGCCUGUCCAGCGGGCGGUGGAACGGCGAGAACAGCUCAUGUCAGUAUGAUGGUUGUUCUUCACAAAAUGGAGGCGGGAAUGGAACUGACGUCACUUGCCAAGAGACAGGGCUCGGCUUAGACGUGAUAAUUCCCAUCGCGGUUGCGGCAGCAGCUUGUUUGGUGAUCAUCAUAACUGUCAUAACCUGCGUGGCAGUAAAGUCCAGUGGUAAGAGCCAUACGACGGUUAUGCCAUCACCGCCCCCCUCCCCCAUGCCACCUGCCAGUAAUAUCCCAGCAUACAGCGCGCCCGGAUACUACAUGAAUGACCUGUAUGUAACGGAGAUAGACAGCUAGGGGACUCUACCAGAAAGGGGGGGGGGUUACCCAGAAUGCCGUUGUUCCCAAACCAGAAGAAUGUCUUCAGUGUGUUAUCGGUGUUCCUUAUUAAUUUUCUUCCGUCAAGUCUGGGAGGUACGAGUAUAUAUAUAUAUAGGUUGGUUGCUCAGUUCUCCAGAAGAUGGCGACAUUAUAUCCAAAGAACAGUUAUCCCUAAAUGCAGACUCAAGGGGAAACUGAAUAUUCUCCUGAAUACUUUUAUUCGUCGAUCUGAUUUUUAUUCUACGAUUGACAGAGUUAAAUGAACUGACUUUUUUUCUAGUCUGAUGUUAAUUCAUCUCAAGGAGCAGAUGUUUGUAAAGUUUAUAUAAUGUACUGUCGUGUAAGUAGUUUUUUAGUAGGAAGGCUAAGGAGUCUUUGUGAUAUUCACUCAAAUCUCAAGAAUGGAGAAUAAUAAUACUAUAUCGGGUUCAGUGUAAAUGUAAAGUAUACAUGUUUAUGCCAUGCCUUGUUUUCGGUUUGAAAUGGGUAACUUAAUAUUAACGCAACACUUGAAUAGCAAGUUUGUUACAACUUAAAUUGUACACGUAUGUACGCUUUCUAACAUAAUGCUGUGUCAUUGUCAUCACACCAGUAAUUUGAUAUCAAUAUGGAAAUUAGCGUGUGGCACGAAAUGAUUGACGAAUAUUUACUUCCUGGAUAUUUCUCUGUGCCAAACCAGCUGAGUAUAAUCUAGACGAAAUAAUUCCGUCCUGAAAGUACAAUAUAAAACCCUAUUUGUGUUUUACACUUUUUUCAAACGCGGUAUAUCAUGUUUGCUUUAUUGUGUUUUGCUGGAUAUCUUUAAUGAUUAGCAGAAAAUAUGUUAAUUCAUUUAAAUUUAUACGAUUGGUGUUUAUAUUUUUAUAGUUACUUUUAAGUUACAGAACCGGUUAAGUCCAUUUUGCAGUGAGGUGAUUUUAAUUUUUAUGUGUUAUAUUUGUUUUUAAUAAACUGACUUUUGCAGGUA